GCGGCGGUGUCUCUCCGAAGCCUUCACAAGAAACAGAUUUAUCAUCAGGACUUGAGGCCAGAGAACAUCCUCCUCAAUACCCGUCACGUCGCCUUCAUCUCUGACUUUGGCGCUGCGUGUCUACUCCUUGAGGGAUGUGACAAGGUGGACACGUGGACAGCUGCACUUGGUUUCCGGGGACCCGAGGCGGACCAGGAGGAUGGUCAGUUCUGUCCAUUCCAACUGGACAUCUACAGCCUGGCUGUCAGCAUGUGGCAGGUAUUGUCUGGUCUGUGUCCAGUCAAGAACAAGCCUUUUGAUCACCUAGACAACAUCCCCCCACAGUACGCUGCCUUGUUAAGGAACCUUCUUCUUCCGGACCCCGACAGGAGAUGGACCCUGGACAAGUUCCUCACUGAGGCCCUGGAGCUGCACCCGGACCUGUCCUGUUUUCUCUGA